UAACAAUUACUUACAACAAGUGAUCUGUAAAUUAAAGAAAGCAUACAUUGUUGUAUAUAAUAAAUGAAACUAAUGUAAUAACUAAUAUUUAGAGAAUACUCGUCGAGCUACGUGGCAAUAUCGUUUAUCUUGCAAAAAUGAAUUGAUGUUGUCCUCCCCGAGCCUUUGGCGAGGGACGCAUAACAUCAUUUCACGAGGGCAAGAUAAACGGUAUUGCCGAGUAGCGAGUUAGGUAUUCUAUUUCCAAUAUUUAUUAUUUUAUGGAAGAUUUUCGAACGAUACUUAUAGCAAUGACGUACUUAUCGCUGAUGACGUAAGUUAGUUGUUGACAUGACUUCCACCAUGGAAACUUCUUACACACAAUAGCGAAGCACUGUUUAUGACGUCAACCCGUAUCUAGGGGAGGAAAUAUGGGGUUUAUUUUUUUUUUUUAACUUAGGAAAAGAUCACUUUUCUUUUCCCUCUUCUCUCUGUCCAUAUGGGUAAUACUUGUUCAGUUAUUAACAUUACAAAUAAAAUAUUAACUAUAAACUUUCCCAGCCUCGAAGAAAAGUAGAUGUGCUUUGGAAAUACCCUCCCCCCACCCCCACACUAUUUAUGCGUGCAAUUAAAACACAAUUGGUUCAGAAAGAAAUAGAUUGUAAUGUAAGAAAACGACGUUCACUGCUGGGAAGAACUACAGUUUUUCAGAACGUUUUGAUAAAGGAUUAAUAACACUUCUUUGAUGUCUGGUUAUAAUGGCAGAAAAACCACGAGAGGCUAGAUAUGGACUUCCGCUUCCGGACGUCUGUCAUUUUGAACUGAAUGACGAGUUGAUCGGGAACAGGUCUGUGUUUGUCGUGGGUGAUGUCCAUGGCUGUUAUGACGAAUUGAUGGACUUGAUGGCUGAGGCAAAGAAAAAGGAGCCCAACAUCUUGUAUAUUUUUGCAGGAGACUUUGUUAACAAAGGCCCAAAAGUCAAGGAGGUAGUGACACGACUACAGCAAGAUGAUUGCCUUGCGGUACUUGGAAACCACGAAAUCAAGUGCAUGAGAGAGGCAAGGAAUAUGGCGGAAAAUCCAAACUAUAAACUUUCAAAAAGAUAUCAGUGGGUAAAGGGUUUGUCUAGUGAAGACCUUGCCUUCAUCAGACGUCUUCCAUACACAAUACAUAUUCCUUCUUUAAAAUCUAUAGUGGUGCAUGCAGGUCUUAUUCCAGGAACUGCGCUAGAAAAGCAUUGUUUGAUUGCUAUGACUCAUAUGCGAAACCUUUAUCUCGAGGGAGAAAAGCUUAUACCAACGGGUAAGCACGAUAAGGGGAAGGCGUGGGCAACAUAUUGGACUGGUCCUGAGCAUGUAUAUUUUGGCCAUGAAGUCCAACGUGAUAAGCAGGAGCUAGAAUACGCAACAGGGUUGGACACUGGUUGCUGCCUUGGUCUACGUUUGACCGGUGUCUUUCUCAAUGGAUGUAGAGAAACACUCAGCGUGCCCGCACACAGAGCUUAUUGUGUAGAUGAUGAUUAGUUUCAUUUCAAAUAGACGUACGUUUUUAAAAUGAUAAUCUAACGUAUGUUAUGGAUGCUAGAUAUAUGUAAUGAAUUGUGGAUAUAUUGUUAUGACCAUAACAGAUACACACCAUGCACAUAUUAUAUCGUAUGGUCAUGAUUUCAGUGAAUAAUUUUAUGUACACAUAGGUUAACUUAUAUUCAUUUCAGUCAUUUCUCUUUAAAGACAUCGUCAAUCCAUAACCGUAUUGGUGAUGGUAUUUAAUAGAGAGGUUUUGAAACCUCACAGUUACUGUUUCGGAUAGUAAUAGAUCACCACUUUGAGUGUAGCUGGUGGCAUCACAGCAAUUUGAUUUCCGCUCUUUACAAUUAAAAGGACAGCUAAUAUUAAAUUUAAAAUAAUAAAUACAUAAAUAAAUAAAUAAACAAAUAACAUUUCUUAUAAUACCGCCAUCUUUAAUUAAGUCACUAAAUUGCCGAUUUGUAAAAGUUGCCAAACGAUUAGUACUGUGACGGAAUCAUAUCGGGCCGAAUUUAGGAAACCUGUUUUUCUUAAACGCAGAUGUUUAAGCGUUGUAAAUACAUGUAGUUACAUGCGUGUAAGACAAACAGGAUUUGUAAAUUCGGACCAUUAUGGUUAUCGGUAAGAGUAAUGGUGCGGUUUCGAAACGUCUCUAUUAUGAUUUAAUUUGUGUUGCAGAUGAAGACAUGUGCCAAAGAAUACGAAUCUCGAAAGUGUUUAUUACAUUUUAUUUAACGUUUCAAACGUUUUCUUCUAGAGAAUAUUUUGAAUAUCUUUACUUUUUAUUUGUCAAUGAAUUUCAGACAUUGUUCAUAUAUAUUUUUUAUAUAUAAUAUUUUAUAAAUGGGUGUUUAUUGUUGUUAGUUAGUUUUAUAUCGAAAGUGUUUAUUACAUUUUAUUUAACGUUUCAACGUUUUCGUGUAGAGAAUAUUUUAAAUAUCUUUACUUUUUAUUUGUGAAUGAAUUUCAGACAUUGUUCAUAUAUAUUUUUUAUAUAUAAUAUUUUAUAAAUCGGUGUUUAUUGUUGUUGGUUAGUUUUAUAUCGAAAGUGUUUAUUACAUUUUAUUUAACGUUUCAAACGUUUUCUUUUAGAGAAUAUUUUGAAUAUCUUUACUUGUUAUUGGUGAAUGAAUUUCAGAUAUUGUUCAUAUUUUUUAAAUAAUACUUUACAAAUCGGUGUUUAUUGUUGUUGUUUAGUUUUAUCUCGAAAGUGUUUAUUACAUUUUAUUUAAUCUUUCAAACUUUUCUUUUCGAGAAUAUUGUGAAUAUCAUUACUUUUUAUUAGUGAAUGAAUUUCAGGCAUUGUUAAUGAUUUUGAUAAUAUUUUACAAAUUAAUGCUUGUUGUAGUUGUUUAUUUUUUUAUCUCGAAACUGUUUAUUACUUUUUAUUUAUCGUUUUAAACGUCUUCUUUUCGAGAAUGUUUUGAAUGUGAUUACGUUUUAUUUAGUGAAUGAUUUUCAGACAUUGUUAAUAGUUUUGAUAAUCUUUUACAAAUCUGUGUUUGUUGUUGUUCAUUUUUAUCUCGAAAUAUUUAUUACAUUCUAUUUAACGUUUCAAACGUCUUCUUUUCCAGAAUAUUUUGAAUAUCAUUACUUUUAUUGGUGAAUGAAUUUUAGACAUUGUAAAUAUUUUUGAUAAUAUUUAACAAAUCUGUGUUUGAUGUUG